CAGAAUGGAUUACAACGUAAAUAAAAUAAUGAAAGUUGAUUUCCUCAAACUGGCCAAACUGUUCUCUUGCGACAUUUUCGAAUACAAAGUGGUAAAAAUUCUUCUGGUCCUUUUACUCCUAAUUCAUGGAGGUCUAGGAUUGGUUCAAACAUACUUCAUCGUUUAUAUAUUCAACAGUCAGCAGUUCGCGUCUUAUGGACCUUUCUUCUUCGGCAUAUUUUUCAGUCUAGGAGGUGUAGCGAUGGCUCUGUUCAAAAACGACUACAUCAGCCACAUCUCCGACGAAAUGACCGUCUGGGACAUGGACGCAGCGGGCCCAGAAAUCCGUCAACGCAUCAAGAAAGAAUCAAGAGUUAUAUCGAUGGUACUAGCGGCGACAUUUCUUACUGCGACUGCUGUAGGUUCCGUCUUCGUUUUACCAACGAGUGUCGACUAUGACAGGUUUUUUGCUAUUAAACUCGCCACUGACUACUGUCCCAAAUACAGUACCACCUUAUCGUACUUGUACAAACUCACACUGCCAUUUAUAGCUUACGCAACGAUAGUACCUUGCGCAAAUUUCAUAUACUACAGCCACCACAUGCGAUUUCAAUUAAUGAUGUUGAGUAAACACGUCCAGUGUUUAACCGAACAAAGAAAUAAACAAGAAACGGACUUAGAAAAAUUGAUCUACGACGAAAGCUACCAGAAGGAGUUCAGCAGAAGGAUUAUUUUUUGCAUUCAGAGACAUAACGAGAUCAUCUGUCUUGGCAACAAGAAGCAAGACGAAAUGAACUUCCUCAUUGGGUACUUUGCGCUAACCGGUUGUGGUGUGGGGAUUUCCAUCAUACUUUUUGUGAUCAUGUUUUCUGGUUUGCUUUUUCAAGAGAAGCUGAUGCUGGUGCGCAUUACGCUGUUGUCGAUGAUUUCGGGUUAUGUUUUCUCGUUGCUGAUUUUAUCGGGACAAGCGAUGGAGGAAGAAACUGAUCGAGUCAGCGAAAUGUUACUUAAUGUCGACUGGUAUUUACUUAACCCAGCAAACAAACGGACAUAUGUGAUUUUUUUGAUUAAUACUAUGGUACCGUGGCGCCUGCAAUUUUUGCAACACAGUAUUAAUCUGGAGCUAGGUGUCAACAUUGGUAAACAAAUCUACGGCAUCGGUUCUGUUUUACUUAACUUAAGAAGUAGAUUUAUAAGCAGCUAUAAUUCCAAUGCAGAAAAAUAAUGUCAACACGUUUGUCUUUAAAAGUCGAGCAACCACUAUUUACGAUUAUUA